CAGCGAUUUGGUCUCCACUGGUGAUUAGUUUUGGACCGGCCCUAGACGAAUUCUUCACAGCAGGAAGUACUACAGUAAUAUAUAAAUCAACUGGCUGGAGUGGAACUACGGACAUACGGCUACACCUGACUCUGCGCUGUGUUAAUAGAUUCCACGAACUAGACAUGUUGCUUCUUCUGCUGAGUUUGGUGUUGUCGUCUGCUGUUUUAGGUGAUGACAGUUCCCGGCUGAAGGAAGUGGAACAAGAGUUCGCGGAAUGGCGGGAACUUGAGUCUCCCGAGUUUGCCACGGAAAUAGGCGUGCACAAAUACGACGAUCUAGUCGAGGAUUUCAGUCUGACCGCGCUGGAGUCUAAGAAGACAAAGAUGGCGCACUUCAUCAACCGCUUAUAUAACGUCAGCAGACAGAAUCUCAGUCAGAGGGACGGCUACAGCUACGACGUCUUCUUAGAUACGAUCAGCACCAUCGGCAACAACUACAAGUGGAGACUAUACGGCCCUCUGAAUCCCGUGAACUUCCUGGAAGGCGAUCAGAUCGACCCGGCGUUCACGAUCAAGGUGAUGCUGUUUGGCACCAAGGGGGACUACGAGAACUACAUAGCCAGACUGAACGCAAUGCCAGCCCAGUUCGACCAGUACAUAGAUCGGUUCAAAGAGGCGGUCAGACUCGGACACACCUACCACAAGGUGUCGAUUGCGCGAGUCCCUGGCCAGAUUGACCAGCUGCUCGUUGGGAGACCGGAGGACUCGAUCUACUACAAACCAUUCCGGGAUCUGCACAACCUGACCAUACCCCAAACAGAGAAAACGGAUUUGGUGACGCGAGGAACUAAGGCCGUGACCGGACUGCUACAGGCAUUUAAGACCGUGAAGGAAUACAUCGUUACGGAGUAUUUGCACCACACGCGCGGCACCUACGGAGUGGGGGGAUGGAACCUUGGCGGGGAGUACUACAAGGCGGCCCUCAAGUGGCACAUCUCGACGGACGACACGCCGUACCAGGUUCACCAGAAGGGUCUCCACGAGGUCGCCAGGAUCACCGUCAACAUGCGCAAGAUCAUGCGCAAACAUGGGUUCAGCGGUACAGUGCACGAGUAUUACGAAUCGUUAAAGCAGCAACCUCGGUUUCACAAGAACUCUGCAGAUGAGCUGCUGCAGGAGUAUAAGAACAUCGUCUUCAACAGAAUCUACCCACAGCUUCCGCGCAUCUUCAAGGACAUCCCUCAUCUUCCAGUUGUGGUAGAAGCGAUGCCGAACGACGGGCCAGGUGGUAUGUAUCUAUCGGGAACACAGGAUGGUUCGCGUGCCGGAAUUUUCCAAGUCAACGUCAAACGACCAAACGAAACAAACACGUUUAGCAUGUUGGCACUUACAUUGCACGAGACUGUUCCCGGACAUCAUCUACAGUCAAUUUAUGCCAUCAGUGCCAGCCUGCCAAGCUUUCAAAGAAACAUUCAAUAUGGAAAAUACUUCGCGAUACCAUACAACUUCCCUUUCUACACGGCAUACACUGAGGGAUGGGGUUUGUAUGCCGAAUCCCUGGGUGAAACUCUUGGCCUGUACCGGGACGAUUACGAACUAAUGGGUCGUUACGGUGAAGAGAUAUUCCGCGCGUGUCGACUUGUCAUUGAUACAGGACUGCAUUACUUUGGUUGGUCAAGAAAUCGCUCUAUAGAAUACAUGACGGCUCACACCCCUUUUUCUCGAAACGAGAUCGAGACUGAAAUCGACCGCUACAUCACGUGGCCAGGACAGGCGUGCGCUUACAAGAUUGGCGAACUGAAAAUCAGAGAGCUGCGGGAACACGCCAAAAUGCAACUUGGUUCUGACUUCGAUAUUCGGGAUUUCCACAGCGUCAUUCUGAAUAACGGGCCGGUACCAUUGAAUACACUAGACACCAUCGUCACGGACUGGAUAAAUAGCGUCAAAGCAGGAACCGGCAACCGCGUGACGUCACAUCCUACUCCGGGAGGACCGCUUAUUAUUAUUCCAAAUAUCAUUGGUUGACGUUAUGUUACAGUUUUGUUGGGUAAACUGUUGAAAAAAUAAAUAUUGCAUCUUU